AAAUAACCAAAAUUAUUCUAACAUUACAAAUUGUUACGUUUAUGUGGUGGAAAUGAAGGAUUACAUGACGUGCCACGAUCAAUAAAUCUAUAUGGGUCGAGAUCGGUGGCCAUAUAGCAAUCAAUAAGGUCGACAAAUAGGCGUUUGCUCAUUAGAUUGGUGUAGUCUUCUCCACGUGAGCACAUGUUAGUUGCCAAAGAAGUUACUUUUGUACAGGUAUAUAAUAAGGAUGAGUUGUUAUAAUUAUCAUGAGUCUUGUGUCCUUCUACCGUUAAUAUAACUAUAUUAACUUGUGAAUCUGAAUCGUGUCUAGGUCAUACAAUGAGUUUACCCAUAGUGUACAUAACAAGGAAAGAAUCGUUUUCAGCCUGUCAUAGACUUCAUAGUAAGACACUUAGUGAUGCAGAAAACCAGGAGAUAUUUGGUAAAUGUAAUCAUAUUAAUGGACAUGGACACAACUAUACUGUGGAGGUGGUACUGAAAGGACCCGUGGAUCCAGUAACAGGAAUGGUGAUGAAUUUAGUGGUAUUAAAGCAACAUAUGAAGGAAUGCAUUAUGGAUGUUAUGGACCAUAAGAAUAUUGAUCUCGAUGUGCCAUACUUUAAAGACAAAGUCAGUACUGCUGAAAAUAUCGCUAUAUUUAUAUGGAAGCAGUUAGAGGAAAAAUUAUCUAAAGGACUACUGUACGAAAUUAAGUUACACGAAACUGAUAAAAAUAUUGUAAGUUAUAAAGGUGAAUAAAAAUGUAUUACAAUGUAUUGCUAUAUAUUAAACGUAUUUGCAAUUU